UUGGUCCCGCCUGUGACAGGGCGGGAGAGGACGGCCCCGCUGCGGCCGUGUCUCCGCCGCUCUGAGGGGACGCCGCGGGCCCCACAGCAAGGCACCGAGGCGGGAGGGCGGUAGUUUCAGCAGGUCUGUUUUCUGUUUACAAGCCUGAAGAUGGCUGCUGCUGCUUCUUCCUGCAAUGUGGAAGAAGAUGAGAGCCUGAAGGGAUGUGAACUCUAUGUUCAGAAGCACAACAUCCAGCAGAUUUUGAAAGAGUGCAUUGUAAACCUUUGCAUAGCAAAGCCAGACCGACCCAUGAAGUUCCUCAGAGAACACUUUGAAAAAUUAGAAAAGGAAGAAUGCAAACAAAUACUGGCUCGGCAGAAAUCCAGUUCCCAGUCUGAUUCUCAUGACGAUGAGAUUUCCCCUCCUCCUCCCAACCCAGUGGUAAAAGCCCGACGCAGGAGAGGGGGGGUCAGUGCAGAAGUGUACACUGAGGAAGAUGCUGUUUCUUACGUCAGAAAGGUUAUUCCAAAGGACUAUAAAACUAUGACUGCUCUGGCAAAGGCCAUCUCCAAGAAUGUGCUCUUUGCUCAUCUUGAUGACAAUGAACGAAGUGACAUAUUUGAUGCCAUGUUCCCUGUCACACACAUCGCAGGAGAAACAGUCAUACAACAGGGUGAUGAAGGAGACAACUUCUAUGUGAUCGACCAAGGCGAGGUGGAUGUUUAUGUCAACGGGGAGUGGGUCACCAGCAUCGGAGAAGGAGGCAGCUUCGGGGAACUGGCAUUGAUCUAUGGAACACCCCGGGCCGCCACCGUCAAGGCCAAGACAGAUCUCAAGCUCUGGGGCAUCGAUAGAGACAGCUACAGACGCAUUUUAAUGGGCAGCACACUGAGAAAGCGGAAGAUGUAUGAAGAAUUCCUGAGCAAGGUCUCCAUUUUGGAGUCCCUGGACAAAUGGGAGCGGCUGACAGUGGCUGAUGCACUGGAACCUGUCCAGUUUGAAGAUGGAGAAAAAAUUGUUGUGCAGGGAGAGCCCGGUGAUGACUUCUUCAUUAUUACAGAGGGCACAGCUUCUGUUCUGCAGCGCAGGUCCGACAACGAGGAGUAUGUCGAAGUUGGAAGACUUGGUCCAUCAGAUUAUUUUGGUGAGAUAGCGUUACUGCUCAAUCGUCCCCGAGCUGCUACGGUGGUGGCACGCGGACCCCUGAAGUGUGUGAAGCUGGAUCGGCCCCGCUUCGAACGAGUGCUCGGUCCUUGUUCCGAAAUCCUCAAGAGAAACAUUCAGAGAUACAACAGUUUCAUUUCGCUCACCGUUUAAAUGAUUCCUCCUGGAAAGCUGCCUUUGUGUGACCUUGUGCACUUAAAUUUGCUCUGUGCAGCUCCAUAGCUUUAUGAAGAAAAAAAUAGAAGAUGUGCAUUUUAUGUGUAAUUUUUUCUGUUUAUGUCACGUACUGGAUGUCAGUUCAAAUCUCAUGUAUCAUCUAAGUAGGAAGACAACUGUUUGGAUAAUACUAGCUUUGGGGAAGAUUAGGCUCUUGGCUUGCAGGCAAGAUUUUUACCUAUUGUUGGAUCAUAUAGCUUAAAACUGUGUUUUUAACUAUUUAAAAUUCGUAUGAAUUUCUAUUUCCCUUAUUAUCUUUGAAGUUGGUCUUAUUCACCUUUCGUCAAGCUUCUUCGAUCAAGCGAUGUCCCUCUGCCCGUCACUUUUAAAAGACUUUUCACUGGUUGUGGACUGGAGGUUUCUGAAAUCCCAUGGGGUGAGUGGCAGUUGCGCAGUUUAAGAGGGAAAGUUGGAGGAAGAUUUUGAUCAUUCCAGCAAGCCAGCGAAAAGUAGAGCUUUUGAGUCAUUUUGUUUGUGGCUUAGGUAUAGGGGCCGUACUCCUCCGUGUUACGAGCCCUUUCAGGUCUGCUUUGUAGGAUAUGCUAAGCCAAACAGCCUGCUCCAGUCUUCUGGGUGAAGAGGUCAAGGAAUAAUGUUUUGUAAGAAUUCAGGUGGAACCUGUAGGACCUAAGUUAUUUGUCCUCAGCUUUUUUUAAAUGAGGGUUUGCAUUAGAUCCCUUAAAAGUCCAAUGGGAACUUCUCCGCUGAAUUAAGUGAGCUUUGAAACAUUUAUCUGCAGCAGAGUGUCCUCAGCCACUUCUCUGAAUAUUAUAUGACAUGCUGAAGAGAUGGUGCCAGGUGUACAUCAGGGGCAACAACAGCAGUUUGUUUUUAAUAAGGUCCACUUAAUUAAAUUCAAAUGCCUUUCUUUUAGUAUAUGACUAAAUUUUAGGCUUUUUUAGGAUUUUCUGAAAGCCAAAUACAUGCUUCAAAAUGCUGCCUCUCCUCCAAAAGACACGUAUUGCAUAACAAAAAGCACCAGGAUCUUGCAAGAAGCUCCUAGAGCCCAGGUCCCUCCUGGGCCGUGCAGCCUCGCUGGCAGUUGUUGCUGCCCUGCCUAGACACGGAUCUCCUCUUGAAUGGAGCUUUUUGCAGAUCCAGACUUUAAAUCUGCUGCGCAGCCCUCAAGGAUGGGAUCAUUUAGAUUAUUCUUCGCGAAGCUUUUCCUUUGAAGGCAAACUUGUCUUUGCUGACGGCAGCAAGCAAAGGUCGUGCAUCUCAGCUGCCCUAAAUAGCAUUGCCCACUUUUCAAUUGUGGCAAAACUCUAUUUCUUCUUUAUGAUAACAUUCUUCCGUGUAAAUACGAACUUGCUUUACAUGCCAAAGGUCAUGCCAUGAAAUAAGGCAGCAAUCUCCCUUUUGAGACUAGAGGCGUUAGCGAAGAACAUGGCUAAAAUUACUCCUACUGACAUGCAACGUGCUUUCUUGUUUGGAAUUAACAAAAACUCACUUGGGACUGUCCUAUCGACUCCCACCAAGAGGGCCCAAUAUUCCAGUAGCUGCCCACAGUGGUUUUUACAGAGCUAACUGCUUCUUGUCUUCAGACUCCUCUCAUCACUUCGAGGUGCUUAAUUUGUUUCAGCAUAUUUUCAGUGGUCCCGUCAGUGUAUAUUCGUUGCUACUAUUUAUUAUGAUUAUGUUAUGCUUCUUGCACGUGUUAUUAAAUAUGACCAUUCACAUUUUUCAACCUUGCAAUUUUUAUCACAUACAUUUAUAUAGGCAGGCCCCCAUUAUAUAUAUAUAUAGAUAAAUGUAUAUGCAUUUGCAAAACUUUUGAUUUGCUUCACUGUUUUUGUAUUCUCUUGUGCAAUUUUUAAAAGAAAUAUUUUUAAAAGGUUACCAGUCACUCAUGUACGUUCUUUUACCUAUUGCAUUUCUGUUGUAUUGGUAAAAAAUUGUGAGUGUUUUGCAUAAUAUACAAGAUCUAUUUCUUGUUAAACACCAAGUAUUAGCCUCACUGUUUAGAAGUUACUCGAGCACACACACACAACACAGAUUCUUUGCUGUAAACCUUUACAGCUCAUGGAAAAUACAUUUGAAUUAUGGUUCUGUUAUAAGCAAUCUCCAGAGAAGUGUAACCAUUUAACACCAGGAUUCCUAUGCUUUAAGUGGAACAAAAUGAUAUUCAAUGACAUUUUAAAGAUAAUUGUAAUAUUUGCAGUGGAUGAUGGGACAGGAUUACGGUAUGAAUAAAAUUCUUCUACGUUA